AUGUCACUAGCGGGUUCCGAGAGGGCUCAUCUCUGUGUUCACGGCCUUACGGAAAAUGACGAACAAGACGCACUUCGGCAUUUACUCUCUGCUACCGGUUCAUCUCAGUUAACUGAUAUUAGUGACGAAGUGGUUGUGAAGGGUGCUGCCAAAAGGAAAAACCAAGCGGCAACGCAAUGUGCAAAUUCUAGCGAAUCUAUAAAAGACAAAAAGACUCAACGUUCUUCGGAAGUUCAGCAGCAGAAACCCGACGGUGGAACGGUGGGACGUGUGAAAAAAUCAAGUGACGUUCCCGUAAAACGAACAGCCUCAAAAGUAGUGCCGGUGCCGAAAGAAGUUGAGGCGGAGUCCGUGGCGUUUCAAGCAGAUAGUGUAAGCCAUGAAGCCGAAUCACUUCCUCCCAUAGCAGAACUUGUGCACAAGAAGUUGAUUCGGCCCUUAACAGAAGUUUUGUGCAUUAACUCGUUGACGCGCAUACAAAAACUUAGUUGGAUGCCCAUGGUUGAUAAAACACGUGAUGUUCUCGUCAGAAGCGAGACGGGAAGCGGUAAAACUUUAGCGUAUGCGCUUCCUCUGCUUCAUCAAUUGCUCUGCGAUUGCGACACCCGGCCACUGAAGCGUGACGUCGGUUCUGUCAUUAUUGUUUUGUGUCCAGUUCGAGAGUUGGUAGUACAGGUGUCGGAUGUACUCACUAUUCUUACGCGUUGUGCCCUCUUCCUUACGGUAGGCGGGAUUCAUGGAGGUGAGAAUAGGCACAAGGAAAAGGCGAGACUACGAAAAGGAAUAACAAUUUUGGCAACGACGCCUGGAAGGCUUUUGGAUCAUCUCAAGGCCACAUCAUCCUUUCGAGUAGAGGAGUUGCAAACUAUUGUGUUGGAUGAGGCUGAUCGGUUACUCGAUAUGGGGUUCGAAAAGACUAUUCGUGAGGUUAUGGAUUUGUUAGUAGCGAAGAAACGGGACGCACACCAAACAGGCGGCGGGGACGCGCAAUCCUCGUUUAAACGAGUUCUCGUUUCGGCCACCAUAACGGCGGCUGUUGAACGACUCUCUCAUUUUGCGCUACGGGAUAAUAUUGUUCGCGUUGGUGAGACGGAGGACACUUUUUCUAUUCCUUCAUCGUUGCGGCAACACUAUGUAUUGGUACCAACAAAGCACCGCCUGGCAACACUCAUAAGCUUUCUUCGGUCGCAGUUGGACGCUGGAGCUCAAAGACUUAUCGUUUUUGUUUCAACUGCAGACAGUGCUGAAUUUCAUUAUUAUUUGUUGUCCAGAUUGAAGUCACCUUUUCGUGGCAAGACAAACAGUGGCAGAAGCGCUGGCGCACCUCAAAAAAACUCAAAUCGCUACAGCUUAAAAAAGCGUAUUGGGGAAGCCAAUAGGCACAUUCACGAGGGUCGAGAUGAGGACGUUGUCACUUUUGAUGAUGACUCGGAUGAUGAGGAUCCGACUGAAGUAAGUGAAUUAUCCGAGAAAAAUGCUGUUCUUGACGUUAACAUAUUUAAACUGCACGGUAAUAUGUCACAAGUUGAUCGAGCCUCUGUUUUCCAUGCCUUCAAACAUAUGGACAGCAGCGUUCAACCUUCCAAAAAGGGAAUUCUCUUUUGCACAGACGUUGCCGCGCGGGGGCUUGACAUGCCUAAUGUUGAUUGGAUUGUGCAUUAUGAUCCGCCUACUGAUGCGCCGUGUUACAUUCAUCGCAUUGGCCGCACAGCACGUAUUGGUAACACGGGGGAUUCCAUGUUAUUUCUCAUGCCACACGAGGAGGGGUAUGCAUCUUAUUUGAGUAACUUCUUAGCAAAGGAAACCAAAUUAGGUUCCAUGGCGAAAGGUGCCAAUGCCGAAUCAGGAAUCAUAGAGGAAAGGAAAUAUGAGUCAUUCCUCUUUUAUUUAACUAAAUUGGAUCCCAAAGCCAAUCACAUGUGGGCUCAGAGCACUGCAACUUUGGAGCGCGCCAUAUGCCGACUAGUUAUGAAGCGGCAUUCAAACGAAGAAAAUGUGAAUGAUGAAAGCACCGGCAGAACUGAUGACAUCACCAGACUUGCAUUAUUCGCCUAUCAGUCAUACAUAAGAGCAUACGCCGGUCAUUCCAGGGAACUUAAGCGUCUUUUCUUCAAUUCCGAUGCCCUUCAUUUGGGUCAUGUCGCUCAAAACUUUGGUAUUGACAAAAGACCCAGCGAAGUUCGCUCACAGUUGCAAGGACUCAUUAAGGAAGAUAGAAAAGUGGCAAGAGAAACAACAUCAGUUGUGUUGGAUGAUGGCAGUGAGCGGCCUCGAAAAGUGCUACGCACGGAGGUGCCACAUGAUGACCGCUAUAGGAGCACAGUGGUUCAAAAGCAACGCAAAGUUACGAGGGAUUGGUAUGAAAACAAAAAGAAACUGGAGGGUCCAACAUAUAAACACCAGCAAUUUACUGAAUUCGAUGCCUAA